UUGGCGGUGGCCAGUUCUUCGCUGUCAUCUCUUCAUCUCCCACCUACCUAACCCACCUCCCUCCAUUCUUGUACCUCCUUUGUCUCACUCUGUUCCCCACUCUCUUCACUCUCUUCUGUUUUGGGGUUUUUUUCUCACCCAUCACUUCUUCACAUGAUAUGAAAAGCAAGAAACUGUGAGUAAAACCCUAAAAAGAGAGCUUGAUUUGAGUCCAAUAAUGAAAGAAGAUAGUGAUUGGGUUAUGGUGGGAAGACCUGGAAUGAAGGACUUGUGGGAACCGAGCUUGCUUGAAGCAGAGCCUUCGAAGGCUCUGGAAGUUAGGUUUAGUGGGCCUGCCAAGCACUGGACUGAUGCUAUCCCCAUUGGAAAUGGUCGACUCGGUGCUAUGGUUUGGGGCGGUGUUCAAUUCGAGACUCUCAAUCUCAAUGAGGACACACUUUGGACUGGGAUUCCUGGAAACUACACAAACCCAGAUGCACCAAAGUCACUGUCAGUGGUCAGGAAGCUUGUUGAUGAUGGCCAGUAUGCCGAAGCUACUACUGAAGCGGUCAAGUUGUCAGACAAUCCUUCAGACGUUUACCAAUUUCUGGGUGAUAUCAAGCUAGAAUUCGAUGAUUCUCAUGCUUCAUAUAUUGAAGAAACAUAUUCGAGAGUACUGGACUUGGAUACUGCAACUACAAAAGUGAAAUAUUCUGUAGGUGAAGUUGAAUUCGUGAGGGAACAUUUUGCCUCAAAUCCUGAUCAAGUGAUCGUGACAAAGAUUUCAGGAAGCAAAUCAGGGUCUCUCUCCUUUAUGGUAUCUCUAGACAGCAAACUACAUCAUCAUUCGAGUAUAAAUGGUAAAAAUCAGAUUAUCAUGGAAGGAAGUUGCCCCGGUAAAAGAAUUCCACCGAAAUUGAAUGAAAACGACAAUCCAAAGGGUAUUCAGUUUUCUGCAAUUCUUGAUUUGCAGAUUAGUGAUGUGGGUACUAUAAAUGUUUUGGAUGACAAGAAGUUGAAGAUUGAGGGUUCAGAUUGGGCUGUUAUGCUUCUCGUGGCUUCAUCUUCAUUUGAUGGGCCAUUCACUAAACCUUCAGAUUCAAAAAAAGAUCCUACUUCAGAGUCUCUAAGCACAUUCAAUUUAAUUAAAAACUUGUCAUCUGCUGAUCUUUAUUCACGGCAUUUGGUUGACUAUCAAAACCUUUUUCAUCGCGUCUCACUGCAGCUUUCGAAAAGCUCAAAGAAUGUUAGAGAAAAUGGGUGUUUGGAUAGGAAGAAACAUUUGUCCUCUACAACUGAUCUGUUUUUAGAAAGUAGUGAAGAUAAGAUGGUUUCAACUGCAGAGAGGGUGAAAUCUUUUCAAACUGAUGAAGAUCCCUCUUUAGUGGAGCUUUUGUUCCAGUAUGGUCGAUAUCUACUUAUUUCCUGUUCACGGCCUGGAACUCAGGUGGCAAACUUGCAGGGAAUAUGGAACAAGGAUAUUGAGCCAGCAUGGGAUGGCGCUCAACACUUGAAUAUUAAUCUUCAAAUGAACUAUUGGCCCUCCCUUCCAUGCAACCUUCAUGAGUGCCAGGAGCCUUUGUUUGAUUACAUUUCGUCUCUGUCGGUCAAUGGAAGUAAAACUGCCAAAGUGAACUAUGAAGCAAAUGGUUGGGUUGCACAUCAAGUGUCCGAUAUAUGGGCAAAAACAUCUCCUGACCGAGGUCAGGCUGUUUGGGCUUUAUGGCAAAUGGGUGGAGCAUGGCUUUGUACUCAUCUAUGGGAGCAUUAUACUUAUACUAUGGACAAAGGUUUUCUGGAGAGUAAGGCAUAUCCUUUGCUGGAAGCAUGUGCUUCAUUUCUGUUGGACUGGUUGAUUGAAGGACGAGGAGGAUACCUUGAAACCAACCCGUCAACCUCUCCAGAGCAUACUUUUAUUGCUCCUGAUGGUAAGCCUGCUAGUGUGAGUUACUCAACAACCAUGGACAUGUCAAUCAUCAAAGAAGUUUUCUCUGCGGUUGUUUCUGCUGCUGAGGCGUUGGGUAAAAGUGACGAUGAUCUGGUUGACAGAAUCCGUAAAGCUCAACCACAGAUUUAUCCAACAAAAAUUGCUAGGGAUGGUUCGAUUAUGGAAUGGGCACAAGAUUUUGAGGAUCCCGAACCACAUCAUCGGCAUCUAUCACACCUAUUUGGCCUGUUUCCGGGGCACACAAUUACUGUUGAGAAAACUCCUGAUCUCUGUAAAGCUGCCAACUAUACCCUUUACAAAAGAGGUGAGGAGGGUCCAGGAUGGUCGACUGUAUGGAAAACUGCUUUGCGGGCACGUCUUCGGGACAGUGAGAACGCAUAUAGGAUGGUCAAGCAUUUAUUUAACUUGGUGGAUCCUGAUCAUGAAAGUGACUUCGAAGGAGGACUUUACAGUAACCUGUUCACUGCACACCCCCCUUUCCAGAUUGAUGCCAAUUUUGGCUUUUCUGCAGCAGUAGCAGAAAUGCUUGUUCAGAGCACGGUGAAGGACUUAUAUUUACUUCCAGCUCUUCCACGAGACAAAUGGGCAAACGGUUGUGUUAAAGGAUUGAAGGCGAGGGGUGGUGUGACCGUCAACAUCUGCUGGAAUGAAGGAAAUCUUCGUGAAGUUGGUCUUUGGUCCAAGAAUCAGAAUUCUAUAAGAUUACAUUUUGGAGGAAUUGCAGUUGCAGUGAAAAUGUCAUCUGCGACAGUUUACACGUUCAAUCAGCAAUUAAAAUGCGUGAAGACAUAUUCUUUAUUGAAUGCGGCUUUUCUCUGAACUUGGAGAUCAGAUUGAUCUUACGAAGAGUUUUUUUGCAAGAAACUUGAAGUUCUUUGCUUCAUUUUAUCCUCCAAUUUUUUUCUUUGGUGGUGGGGAAAUCUAGUCUUUCCCUCUUUGAUUUAUUGUUUGAGAGAAUUUACAGCCUUAUCUCAUUACAAUUAAUUAGGGAAAUCUAGUCUUUCCCUCUUUGAUUUAUUGUUUGAGAGAAUUUACAGCCUUAUCUCAUUACAAUUAAUUAAUAAAUUGGUUCAUAGUUUAACAAGUUUA